AUGUCUCACCCCGCGACGCGAAGUUCGAGUGGGGGCGACUCCAGUGCGAAAAGAAGAAAGAUUCGGAAGGGGACGCGGAGUUGUUGGGAAUGUAGAAGGAGGAAGACUCGUUGCCAAUAUGCGUCGGCUACAGCUGCUAUCUGCACUGGCUGUGAGGUCCGGGGGACGGCCUGCUUAAGCCAGGAGUUUCCAGACGAGCAGCCCCCAGCUUCAGAUAAGGGGCUAUCGCAGCGACUGAGUAGGGUAGAGGGUCUGUUAGAGAGACUCGUGGAGCAUACUGCGUCUCAUUCUUAUACUCCUAGCCAAGCGGGCGAGCCCUUUACUUCCUCCGUCUCGGCCGAAGACGAACUAGAUUCGUCACCCAAUAUGCUCCGUCCGUCUGCGGCCGAGCAUCCCCCCGUCAUGGGUAUCUUCGACGCUCUGCGAGGAGACAGCGGGUCUAGCGCUCUAAUACAGACGUCUUUCGUGCCGACCCCAGCAUCAACGCAGGCCGAGCUGGUGCCCACCCUCCCUGCCAAAUAUGCCCAGAUAUCGAAGACCCUCCAUGCGACGUUCCCAUGCCAGCACGACAUCGAUGCUAUACUGGCGGUGGGCCCCGGUGCGGCAUUCGUCGUAGCAUACUUCAACGGCUAUCAGGGCCUAUAUGAGUCUCCAUCUACCGUCUCGGAAGUCCCGCCUGUGUCGAGCCACCCUGCCUUGCUGGCGAAGCGCUUGAUGCAGCUUAUCCUCUGCAUACAGAGGAUAUCUACCAAGAACUUCCCGAAAAAUCUCAUCUCGAGAGAACCGAUCCGAGCUCAGGUAGGCAGAUAUGUCAAUGUAGUUUCGGACCUUGUUGCUUCUAAUGAUGACCUUGUCGGCUCUGCUGAAGGUCUCGAGAUUCUCGCUCUAAUUUCGUUAUAUCAUGCCAACGUGGGCAAUUUGCGUAAGUCCUGGCUAGCCCUCCGGCGCGCCAUCGCCGUCGCCCAGCUCAUGGGUGUGGCUAGAUGGCCGGACGAUAAGCCACUGAAGUCGGUCGACCCGCGAUCGGACCCGGCAACUCGCUCUCGAGGCAGUGCGUUAUGGCAUCGCAUGAACUUCUCUGAUCGCUACUUGUCUCUACUCCUCGGCCUUCCCGCCGCCAGCGAAGACGAUUCCUUUGCUACCCCUGGGCGAAUAGACGCCGAACUUCCAUCAGAUAGGCUUAGCAAACUGCACUGUGUCAUCAGCGGCGCUAUCAUUAAGCGGAAUGCGAGCUAUAAUGGAAAAGGAGCGGCAGCUACGGAUGCUAGCUUUCGCACAACACAAGCUAUCGACCGCAGCCUCGAGGUUGCUGCUAAUUCUAUCAGCGCAGAGUGGUGGCAGCCGGUAGAACGUCCCGACACAGCCACCGCAUCAUCAAAAGAGCUGAUAGACGCCCACACGCAUGUAAUGAUGCAGAUGAAUCAUUACCACCUGCUCACCCUACUUCACUUACCGUAUUUUAUCCGCGACCCUAAAGAACGCCGCUGGGACUACAGCAAGACAACAUGCCUCCAUGCCUCGCGCAAGGUUCUUGAAGCCUACCUCGUCUUCCGCCAUCUCACCGACGCAGCCGGAGCCUGUCGGCACACAGACUACGGCGCGCUAACAGCCUCCAUGACGCUACUCCUAGGCUACCUAGAUCCAAAGCUGCGAUCGCGCGACCCCAAAACAAGCUACCAACGCAGUUCCGACCGCAAACUAGUCCUCGCAGUUCGAGAUGUCUUGCAGGAGGUAGCAGAGAGAGACGACGACAAGCUAUCGCGCGAGACCUCCGACAUAAUCACGCGCCUGUUGCCCCUGACGGAUGUCGACGUGACGGCUGACAGCUCAAGUAGCCUUGACGCUCCUGUGCGCCUUGAGAUUCCGUAUCUGGGAACCAUUAAUAUCAACCCAGUCAGCAGGCGGAUACAGCAAGACCGACCUCAGUUCCAGCAGGAUAGUCCCGAUACCACCCCAGCGCCAGUUAGCUACAGCAACAAGAAACAUACAGAACGGAGUCGUCUUCGAAGCUCGACCAUAUCCGAAAAUAUAUUUACGAAUAAUAACCCUAAUAACAACCCCAUAGACCCCAGUUUACAGCAACCCCCCGAAGCCUCUCCGAGCUUUUUGACCUCUCUCGGAGAAGAUGCUAAUUUCUCCUUCAUGCAAUUCGAGCCUCCAGAUCCGUCAGCCCCGUAUCCAUUACCUGAACUUGCGGCAAAUAUGGAUGAAUGGACAUUCCAAGGCUUUGACGCCAACUUCUUCGAGAGCCUGUUUUCAUAA